CGUCGGAAGUGACGGAGCGUGUGCGCCGGGCGCCCACAGUGUGCGGCUCGCAGCCGGCGCGGUUGUCUGGGGUUCCAGCCGGCGAGCUGACGGCGGCUCUUUCGUCGGUUUCCGCGGUCCGGGGCCACCAUGGACAAAAAGGAAUUAAUUGAAUACUUUAAGUCUCAGAUGAAAGAAGACCCUGACAUGGCUUCAGCAGUGGCUGCCAUCCGAACUUUACUGGAGUUCCUGAAGAGAGAUAAAGGGGAGACAAUUCAGGGCCUGAGAGCAAAUCUCACUAAUGCCAUAGAAACCCUGUGUGGUGUGGACUCCUCGGUGGCUGUGUCGUCUGGUGGAGAGCUCUUCCUUCGCUUCAUCAGUCUUACCUCCCUGGAGUACUCUGAUUACUCCAAAUGUAAAAAGAUCAUGAUUGAACGGGGAGAGCUUUUUCUCAGGAGAAUAUCACUGUCAAGAAGUAAAAUUGCAGAUCUAUGCCAUACUUUCAUCAAAGAUGGAGCGAGAAUACUGACACAUGCCUACUCCAGAGUGGUCCUGCGGGUGCUGGAAGCAGCUGUGGCCGCCAAGAAGCGAUUCAGUGUGUACAUUACAGAGUCACAGCCCGACCUGUCUGGUAAGAAAAUGGCCAAAGCCCUCUGCCACCUCAACGUCCCUGUCACCGUGGUGCUGGAUGCUGCUGUGGGCUACAUCAUGGAGAAAGCUGAUCUAGUUAUAGUCGGUGCUGAAGGGGUCGUUGAAAAUGGAGGAAUAAUUAACAAGAUCGGAACCAACCAGAUGGCUGUGUGCGCCAAAGCACAGAACAAGCCCUUCUAUGUGGUUGCGGAAAGCUUCAAGUUUGUGCGGCUCUUCCCACUAAACCAGCAAGAUGUCCCAGAUAAGUUUAAGUACAAGGCAGCUACUCUCAAGUCUCUGCAGGAUGGGCAGGACCUGAAGGAGGAGCACCCAUGGGUGGACUACACAUCUCCUUCCCUCAUCACCCUGCUCUUCACGGACCUGGGCGUGUUGACCCCCUCUGCAGUCAGUGAUGAGCUCAUCAAGCUCUACCUGUAACCUCUGGCAUCCCCUGCUGUGCCACAUCCAUGGCUGAGGCCAGCCAAGCCAAGACAGAAUUGUUCUUGAAACCCUGAGUCCUGAAGAAUCUCUUCACUCAUCUAGGU